ACAAAUAUAAUAUAUUUUAAUAAAUAUUGUGAAAAUAAAAAUGAACAAUAAGUGCGUUAUUAAACUGUGUUAAAGUGUUUAAAUUUUAAAAGUGUUAUAGUUUUUGAAAAUUUCUAAUAAGAAAAUCUAAAAAUGCAGUCAGAAUCAGGUACACAUAAAAUUUCCGAUUCUGGAUAUUCAAACAGUUGCAGUAACAGCCAAUCGCAAAGAAGUGGCACCAGUGGUACUAGUGGUAGCUCUAAGUCUCGUAAUAGUGGAAGUAAUUCAAGCAGAAGUAGUGGAUAUUGUGGGGGAAGCAGACACCAAUGUGUUUCAACAGACAGUUCAAAUGAAGUAAAUCCAAAACCAUUAUUGAAACGUAACAAAGAGAAAGAUCACAAGAAAAAGAAGUUAAAAGUAGAUGGAAUAACAACUAUACCAGCAGUAACUGAAAUAGAAACAGCUACUGAUAUACCAAAUUGUUCUACAGUUGCUGAUAAAACAUUAAAUGAAAAAGAGGAUGAAACUACGGACAUUGGUCAAGAAAAUGUCGAAUCAAAUCAUCCCACUGUUAUAGAAGGUGCACAAGACAUUAUAGUUUCAUUAAAAUCGCCACAGCUAUCAACAUUAGUAGCGGAAGCAACAGAAACAGAACCUAAAGGUGUACAAACAUGGGCAACAUCCAGUGCAGGAAUAUUACCUCCAGAGGAGCAAGGAAUUCCCAAAAAUGCAGAAGCUGAAAAAGAAGAAACUGAAAGCCCCUCAACACCACACGUACCAGAGCAAACAACACCUAAAAAACGUGUAAAUGAUUCUGAGGAUGGAUUCUAUUGUGUUAUAUCAAUGCACGAUGGAGUUGUAUUGUAUACAACACCCACCUUAACUACUAUUCUUGGAUUUCCACAAGAUAUGUGGCUUGGACGUUCAUUCAUAGAUUUUGUUCAUCCAAAGGAUAGAGUUACAUUUGCAUCACAUAUAACCACCGAUGUUGCUAUUCCAAUUGCAGAAACUUCUGGUCAAGUUAAAGAAUGUAGACAAAAUUCAUUAUAUGUAUCACUUCGUAAAUAUCGUGGAUUAAAAUCAAGUGGAUUUGGCGUCGUUGAAAAAGCAGUAACAUACAUGCCAUUUCAUUUAUCACUCAUAUUCCGUCAAAUGCAACCAAAGUCGUCAUCUCUUAUGAGCACAAAUAGUAACAGUAAUCCAGAUUAUAAAAGUUUAUAUCUAAUCGUAUCCGCUUCACCUCUACAGUCACCUUAUAAAGUUCCAGAUGAAACAUAUGUUUCCACAAGAUUUUGUACACGGCAUACAACAACCUGUGAAAUAUCCCAUGUUGAUCCCGAUGUAGUAACAAAUUUUGGUUUUUUCCCACAAGACAUGUUACGUCAUUCAAUAUUUGAUUUUUACCAUCCAGAAGAUAUGUUGUUUUUAAAGAAAGUUUAUCAGACAGUUGUUGAAAAAGCUCAAAUUACAGGAUCAGUAUUUCGUAGCAAACCAUAUCGCUUCGCCACACAAAAUGGAACAUAUGUAACUAUUGAAACCGACUGGAGUUGUUUUGUAAAUCCAUGGACACGUAAAGUAGAAUUUAUCGUUGGACAUCAUCGUGUUUUACAGGGUCCAAGAAAUCCAAAUAUAUUUGAAAGUACACGAGAAGAUUCAAGUCAAAUAUCCGAAGAAGUUUUAAAAGAGAGUAAAUUAAUCCAAGCGGAAAUACAAUAUUUACUAUUGUCAGAACUACCGCGUCCAGGAAAUAUUGCAAGACAGCAAGUGUCACAACGGUGUAAAGAUCUUGCUUCAUUUAUGGAAACAUUAAUGGAAGAUGUGACUCGAUCGAAUCAUAUACAACUUGAUGUGCCUCAUGAAAUUGAUCCAAGUUUCUCAGAAAGAGAUUCUGUAAUGCUCGGGGAAAUUUCACCACACCAUGAUUACUAUGAUAGUAAAUCAUCAUCAGAAACCCCACCCAGUUACAAUCAAUUAAAUUAUAAUGAAAAUUUACAACGAUUUUUUGAAAGUAAACCAAUGACCAAAGCUGAAGAUGAUAAUAUUGAACAAAAAUCAACUAGUAUUAAUUUACAGAUGGAAGUGGAAUCCAAAAAUAAUGUAAACCCUCCUACAUGUUUAAAUAGAAAACAUUUAUCUCCAAUUCAAACUAGUGGAGAUUCAGGAAGUGGAAGUGCUGAUAAUAGUUCCGGUAGUAAUCCAAAUAUGGAUGGUAGUGGAAAUACUAGUGGCACAAAUGCAUCAAACUCUGGUUCUUAUAAACCACCAACAUUAACUGAAGAACUAUUAGUUCGACAUAAUGAAGAUAUGGAAAAAGAAAUGGCAAAAAGACAUAAGGAGCGUCGUUCAGGAAAUAAAGCUGAUCGAGAUGCUCAUAAAAAUAGUAAAACUUAUCAUAAAAUGUGCUUUCAAUCACCUAUGGAUAAAAAUGAUCCACAAGGUCAUGGACAUGGACUCAAACGUAGUGGAUCACAUUCAUGGGAGGGUGAUUACCAUAAACAAUCAAAACAUCAACAUACAGAUCAAGUUGAUUUUCUAAAUCAUCCAAGAGAACAUAAUCAUGAAGUUGCAUCAAUAAUACCUAGUGUUUUAAAUCCGACUGUGCUUGAAUCAAAUGUUAAUAAUUCAACAAUGAUGCCAAAUGAAACAUAUUUACAAUCUACGAUAAAUAAUACAAAUCUUUGGCCACCAUUUUCUGUCUCUGCUUCUCCAAUGCAAAACUCCAAUCAAUGUAUAACAACUUCUGCGUUUGCUGGUAAUGUUAUGCCUGUGUACUAUAUUGUUCAAUCUGGACAACCGCCACAAGAACAUCCAGGACCACCACCUUAUUCUCUUUCGUGUUUUCCUAACAUGGUUUUCCCAUCUGUAGCAUUCCCAACACCAAUUAUGUAUCCAUCAUUAGCACUUUUACAUCCAUUGAGCCUGCCAGUAAAAACACCAACGCAAUUAAUACGACCAGCUGCCCCAAAUGUUUCUACUAAUAGUAAAACAUCGAUGUCAUUAACAACGCAUACACAUGAACAUCGAACCGUCUGCACAACUAGUAAUGAAAAUAAUAAAACACAUAAACCUGCAAGUCAAGCAACAUCUAUAAAAGCUGAGCUUGGUAGUGCAAUGGAAAGUGUCGCUUCUAAUAGUGUUACAAAUAAGGCAUUAUCCGAAUAUUCAAAACGCGAACUCGGGGUGCAUUCUUUGUGUUCUAUUGGAUCUCUACAAGCUAGUUCGCCAGAUCAGGAUGGUUUGGAAAAAACAAAUACAUCGUUGCCUUUACAGCUGGAUGAACGAGAAAGAGUGGAUGCAAAAGGAAAUCAAAGUGGUGGUAGUUUGGAAUGCGAUGGUGAAAGUAGUUAUUCAUCGUUUUAUUCAUCGUUCCUUAAAACAGAAGCAUCAGUAUCCAAUGAUGAAAAUACAAAUAGUGAUAACAAAGGAAAUAGUACGAGCAAAAGUGAAGAGUGUAAAAAUAGGAAAUCACAAGGUAUUAAACGUAAAACAAUUCCUCCAUGGCUGGAAGCAGUAACAGUAACACCUGAAUUAGUGUACCAGUAUCAACUAUCGUUUAAGAAUAUGUCAGAUAUUCUUCAAGCAGAUUUAUUAAGUCUAAAAGAAAUCAAUCAGCCAAUGUUGGUGAAUGAUCAAUUAAGUCAACUAUAUUUAGAUUUAGAAUUAGAAGGUUUAUCAUCAAAACUUACAUUAGAAGAUGGCCUUACAUCAAGCAGUAGUAGUGGAGAAGAAACUUCCUCUGGAAAAAAAAAGGCAUCUAGAAAACGAAGAUCUUAUAGUAAAAUGGUUAUAAUCUAUGAGGAAGAUGCACCAUUCCCCCCAGCACCACAAUAAAUAAUGUUCUCUCUUCAAACUCAUCAAAGUAUAAAAACAAAUUGUAUUUUUAAUUCGUAAUAAGAUUAAUGUAUUGUAAAAAUUUAUCAUAAUUUCGCAUUUUCAUAGUACGAAUUAGUAUAUACGUAUUAUGUGUUAUUUCAUUAAUUAUUAUUUAAUCAUUAAUUAUAGAAAGACAAGUGAUACAAAUUUCUUAAAAAACAAAGUUUAUUAUACGCAGAAUUCGUUUUUAAGUUAUGCAUAUUUUCAAGUGUAAACGACAGCACCAAUUUUAUUAAUUGCCGGUCAUACUUGAAAAUAUUUGUUUCCGGUAUCGGUCACGGAAACACUUCCAUAUAUUAAUACUAAAUUGCAAUAUUAAAAGUCAAAUCAAAUACUAAAGUCCCACAAUAUUUCUCAAAUAUUAAUUUUCAAAAAUAAUAUUUCAUGUGAUAUUUCGUGUCGUAUGCCAAAACACACAAGAGUGUGAUUAAGUUUAACACAGUUGCUGCGGCGCAUUUUUGUUUUACUCGAUUUAACUCAUAACACGGGUAUCACGGUGUGGCAAUUUUAGUUUCAUAAAUAAAAAGGGAUCAGGCAUAUUUAAAUUUAAUGAAUACAGCGAUUGAUCGAUUAAAUUUUAGUUUUUGGUUUAGCGGUUUGGUUUUUGAUCAACUUUAAUUUAAAGAAAGUCUGAUCAGCUUUCACAGUAGUGACAGGGACAGUUACUGGUAUCAGAAGUGCUGUGGCACUGCUCCGGUUGCCCUAUUGUAGUAGUUUCGACCCUGUAUGUUGCAAAACCUUUUUAUCAGGGAAAGUUAAGAAAAGGUUUGUGUGAUUAUAACAGGUUUACGUUCAUAGUAAAUAAGAUUUUUUUUACUUUUGCAUUGAAAUAAACAAAAAACUUGGUAACAUUUUACUCAGGUCAGUAGAAGUGGUAUCUUAGAAUAAAAAUAAAUUUCUUCAAUAGAAGAUAAGUUAUUGAUUUCUUAUAUGAAACUUAAAGUUCCUAGACUAAUAAUAUUUCUUAUAUAACUGUUAGAUUUUUUGGGAAAAAGUUUCAAUCAAUAGAUCUUCAAAAAUACGUACC